UGAGGAACGUUUGCAAUGCACACCACAGCCUUCAGAGUCCGUAGGCACCCAGCGCUCUCAAGUCGCCUCAUCAGCGCUGAUUUCCAGUGUCGGCCACGAAAAUCACAACAUCCAUCCCGGAAAACGAAGUGAGCCCUGGAAGAAAUCAAACUAGUACCUCCGCCUUCUCCUAGCUCUGUGGCUACCACUCCAAAUCCCAGGACCCUGCCCGCCUCCGCCUGCCCUACCUUAAAGUGGGCCUGGAGGGCCCAUUCGUCAAGGCAAGCGGUGGACCCACCAAACGCGUUUACUGUUUGAAGAUUACAAAGACAGUCAGCAACUCACGCGAGACGGAGAGCGUAUUCUCGCGAGAACUCUGGGAGGCGGCAGUGAUGGCGGCGGCGGGAACCGGACCGGGACCUGGAGUGGAUGCAGGACCCGGCCCAGGAGCGGCAGCAAAUGCAACAGUGGCAGAAGAAGGGGAGACAAAACCGGUGGUAGCGGUGGCAAGUGCCCCGGCUGGAGAGGGAACAUCUGUUGCUCCAGCAGCAGAACCCGGUUCUGGAGAGGCAGAAAGUGGGGAUGCAAAUUCAGUUGAUGUAGGUGGUGGUUUGGAGACUGAAUCUUCUAAUGGAAAAGAUACACUAGAAGGUGCUGGGGACACUUCAGAGGUGAUGGAUACUCAGGCGGGCUCCGUGGAUGAAGAGAAUGGCCGACAGUUAGGAGAGGUAGAGCUGCAGUGUGGCAUAUGUACAAAAUGGUUCACAGCGGACACCUUUGGCAUAGAUACCUCAUCCUGUCUGCCUUUCAUGACGAACUACAGUUUUCAUUGCAACGUGUGCCAUCAUAGUGGGAAUACCUAUUUCCUCCGGAAGCAAGCAAACUUGAAAGAAAUGUGCCUUAGUGCUUUGGCCAACCUAACUUGGCAGUCUCGAACACAAGAUGAACAUCCAAAAACCAUGUUCUCCAAAGAUAAGGAUAUCAUACCGUUUAUUGAUAAAUACUGGGAGUGCAUGACGACCAGACAGAGACCUGGGAAAAUGACCUGGCCAAAUAAUAUUGUUAAAACAAUGAGUAAAGAAAGAGAUGUAUUCUUAGUAAAGGAACAUCCUGAUCCUGGGAGUAAGGACCCAGAAGAAGAUUACCCCAAAUUUGGACUUUUGGAUCAGGAUCUUAGUAACAUUGGUCCUGCUUAUGACAACCAAAAACAAAGCAGUGCUGUGUCUACAAGCGGGAAUCUAAAUGGGGGAAUUGCAGCAGGAAGCAGUGGAAAAGGAAGAGGAGCGAAGCGCAAGCAGCAAGAUGGAGGGACCGCGGGGACCACCAAGAAGGCCCGGAGUGACCCUUUGUUUUCUGCUCAGCGCCUUCCCCCUCAUGGCUACCCCUUGGAACACCCGUUUAACAAAGACGGCUAUCGGUAUAUUCUAGCUGAGCCUGAUCCCCAUGCCCCUGACCCUGAGAAACUUGAACUUGACUGCUGGGCAGGAAAACCUAUUCCUGGAGACCUCUACAGAGCCUGCUUAUAUGAACGGGUUUUGUUAGCCCUACAUGAUCGAGCUCCCCAGUUAAAGAUCUCUGAUGACCGGCUGACUGUGGUUGGAGAGAAGGGCUACUCCAUGGUCCGGGCUUCUCAUGGGGUACGGAAGGGUGCCUGGUACUUUGAAAUCACAGUGGAUGAGAUGCCGCCUGACACUGCUGCCAGACUGGGUUGGUCCCAGCCCUUAGGUAACCUCCAAGCUCCCUUAGGUUAUGAUAAAUUUAGCUAUUCGUGGAGGAGCAAAAAGGGAACCAAGUUCCACCAGUCAAUUGGCAAACACUACUCUUCUGGCUAUGGACAGGGAGACGUCCUGGGAUUCUAUAUCAAUCUUCCUGAAGAUACAGAGACAGCCAAGUCACUGCCCGAUACUUAUAAAGAUAAGGCUUUGAUAAAGUUCAAGAGUUAUUUGUAUUUUGAGGAAAAAGACUUUGUGGAUAAAGCAGAGAAGAGCCUAAAGCAGACCCCCCAUAGUGAGAUAAUAUUUUAUAAAAACGGUGUCAAUCAAGGUGUGGCCUACAAAGAUAUUUUUGAAGGGGUUUACUUUCCGGCCAUCUCACUGUAUAAGAGUUGCACGGUUUCCAUUAACUUUGGACCGUGCUUCAAGUAUCCUCCAAAGGAUCUCACUUACCGCCCUAUGAGUGACAUGGGCUGGGGCGCUGUGGUAGAACAUACUCUGGCUGAUGUCUUAUAUCAUGUGGAAACAGAAGUGGAUGGGAGGCGGAGUCCUCCAUGGGAACCGUGACCAGGUCCCUCUUUCUUUGCAGACAUGGACUUGCUGGGGAAUAAAUUGGGGAGGGAGGCCUGUUUUUGUUUUUUGAACUGUUGCAAACAUUCUCCCAAAGAUACUGCAGGACACAGCCUGUGCUGUUAGCAAAUUAAAAGUGUGGGUGAGACUGGGAGACUCCCUGCUUUUCAACACUCUCCCCACUUCUGGUGACUGCUUCUAUUUUGUGUGCCAUAUGCCAACAGCUGCUGACCCCAGGAUCCUUUGCGCCCCCUGUGAAACUGGUGCUGUACCACGUAUCCCUCCGACCAGGACUAGUUACCUUAUUGUAUUUUCUAAGGAGUGAAUAAUCUCGUCUAAAGCACUGACUUAUUUAAAGACCUCUCCUUUUGUGGCAUUGACUCCAUCCCAUCCGAUUUCCAAGGAAGUAGUAGGCCUGUUUCUGAGAACAGCUGAAAUCAGUGGCUGUACAUUCCAGAUCUAAAAGGUCUUUCCUUUUGGUAUGGGUUUUUAUUCCUUUUGAAAUAUUUUUGAACACUGGGGUCUCUGAAACUACUAGGUCUCUAGAACUGUAAUUGUAAAAAGAACUUGCUUGCAGCUUUAACAAUUAGAAACUCUUCCCAAAUAAAACCUGUCUUCAAGUGUG